CAUCGUCUCCAUAUGGCAGGCAAGAACGUCGUCAUCGUCGGCGGGCACGGGAAUGUCUCCCUCCGCCUUACCCGCCUCCUCACGCCAGCACACACGGUUACGUCACUCAUCCGCACUACGGAGCACAAUGCAGACAUCGUGGCCGCUGGUUCCAAGCCCCUUCUUCUGUCCCUGGAGGGCGCAACUGUGGAACAGCUUGCCUCCACCUUAAGCGCGGCCAACGCAGAUGUCGUGUACUUCAGUGCCGGUGCUGGGGGCAAGGGUGGCGAAGAGCGGACAAAGAGCGUCGACUACGAGGGCGCGCUGAAGGUGUUUGAUGCAAUAGAGAGUCUUGCAGAGGGGAGUCGCCCGCGGUUGAUACUCGUUUCAGCGCUGGAUGUACGAGACCCGGAGAAAGUGCCUGCCCAUUAUAGUGAAGAGGACAUCGCACUCUCCACCCGCAUCCGCGGCCACAUCCCAGCAUACAUGAAGUGGAAGUACGAAGCGGACAAGAACCUCGCGCAACGCAAGGGCUUCAAGUGGACGAUUCUCCGCCCAGGUGGGCUGACGAAUACCGCUGGGACUGGGACGGCCAGCAUCGGGCGGACACAUCUGAGCCCUCAAAUCUCGCGUGACGACGUGGCCUUGACGCUUUUCCACCUCAUCGACCGGGAAGAUGCUGCCGGGCUUGCUAUUGAUAUCGUCGGCGGGGAGAUGGCCGUGGCUGAGGGGCUGGACAAGAUGAUCGCGAAAGGCGAGACGGACUUUUUGGGCUGA